UGCAAAGCCUCAAGAUCGGAUUAAAUUAUUGAGUUUGCAAAUUAUGGACUCUUUUUUUUCUGAAAUUCUAGCGUCCUCAAUUGCCUUGCAGAGUUUCCUAGUUCCGCAGGUCGGAUUAUAGUGUAGUCCCCCAAUUGCUUUUUUCGACUGGCCAGUUAAUUGUUCUCCAUUUUAUUUCUACAAAAAGCAAUGGAGGCCUAUUCUUCAAGUCAAAUGCCGAGACAUAAUAUUCCAUGGAUAGAAUUUUUCCAUGGCCAUCAAAACAAAUUUCGGUGGAAUAAUCCUUCAUGCACUAAAUAUUAAAAACAGCUGCAUAUACAGGACAAUACUUAAGCCAGCAUCCUUCCAUAAUAAUCUGGCACCACGUUAUACGAGAAUUUGUGAUGAAAACAAAAGAGUUGUAAUAAAAAAAUGCAUAGAAAAAAAACGCGGUCGGCGCACUAUAACAUUUUGAAAGUGAUUUUAUGUUAUUGUUAGAGCCGCCAAAAAUGGUGAAGCUAAAUCGCAAGUUUCGUUUUUUGUUGUUUUGUUUUAGAAAAGCAAUGGUACUAAUACCAAUUUGAUGUCUUGAUUAUAUGUGUACGGUGGCGUUUAUUAACUACAUUUGAGGCAAAGUUUGUAAUAUUUGCUUCAAUCGAAGAUUUUUCGCACUCUUUUCUAGUCGCCACUUGAUUUCAAAUUACUCCUUGACUUGAUUAGACUUCGUUUUCAAUUACUUUUGUAAUAAAAAAUUAAUUCGCGUUUGAUUACAAUUUAUUUCUAAUUUCGGUCAACACAUUUCGUGCCUUUCUUGCGAGAGAUUCAUGUUUUCUUAAAACACAAGUGCUAUACUGUCAAAAACUUGAAGUUUUUUUGACCCGUCUCCUUAGACAACGUAGAUGACAAUAAUGACUGAGCAGCCAGUGUUCACUAGUAGGGCACACGUGUUCUUCAUUGAGCCGAACAGUGGCAAGAAAGAGUGGACUCCGGCGGGAGCAGCUGAGGGGUCAGUGCCUGUGGACAUCUGCUACGACCACACUCGGCACAACUACAAAGUCACCAGCAUAGUAGACUCUAAACCCGUUUUUAGCAGUGCGCUUUCACCUGACUACACUUUCAUCAAGACCUCCCACAAAUUUGGACAGUGGUUGGACACUAGUAAUGGAGUAUUGUAUGGACUGGGAUUUGCUAACGAGACCGAACUCUCCAACUUCUCCAAGAAGUUCAACCAGUACAAGGAGGAGUCCACGCCCCCACCUCCAGUCACGAAUAACAACAGAUACAGUCAGUCGAAUGGGCCUCUGCCGAACAGUGACGAAGAACCGAUUACAUUAGACAAUGGCAAACAGUACCAGAGUCUUUAUUCGGCCUCGUCGCCCUUCAAAGACCUAGACGCAUCUCCAAUCAUGGACCGGAAACAUCCGAACGAGGCAGGAGUCGGCAACAAGCCGAAGCAGGGAAGACAUAGAUUGCACGAGUUGGACGGCGACUUGAACGACCAUUCGGAUGAAGCCGAGAGACUGAAGUUAGAGUGGGAGAAAUCACAGCACCAGCUGAACCAAUUGAGUAGAGAGAAUAAGAGGAAGGAGGAGGAGAUAGAGGGGCUGAGGAGGAACAAUGUGAAGUUGACGAGUGCGAUGAGGGAGAGUGCGGCCAAUGUGGAGGAGUGGAAGAAGCUGCUCCACAAGUACAGGGAGGACAGUCUCGAGGCCAAGAACAAGUUUCAUGCGCUUUACGCAACGGGACCCAGUUACUAUGUGAGAAAGAUAGCCGAGAUGGAAGCCAAGCAGAAAGAGAGGGAGGAACAGUUGCGACUGAGUGCACUGGAAGACGAAAAGAUCCAGAGCCUACAGAAGGAACUACAGGAGAAAGACAGGGAAAUAGCUAUUCUGAACAAGGAGCUCCUCACAACCCAGAAUGACAACAACAGACUCCAGAUGGACAACAACCGUCUGAGAAGUCAACUGGACCAGAUGCGGGAGGAGUUGAAUAACAAAUCUGAGAAUGAGGGGAAGAAGAAAAAAGAGCAGCAGGAGAUGGCGUCCCAGAUGAACAGCAAAAUCCAGGAGCUGCAACUCAUGAACGCCACUCUACAGUCAAAACUAUGAAUAGAAUCAGUCUCUCGAAUGCGUUCACGAUUGUCAUAGAGAGACCACUGAAAUGUGAUUGGUCGGUAAUUGCCAGAAAAUUAAUUCGAAUUAUAAUUUUAUACAAAAAGACUUGCAAGAGUUCUUUACUCGCAAUGAUAUUAUUUCGGAGACGUGACCUUCGAACGAUCCUCUCUCCCUUAAACCGCAUUUCGGCUUAAUUUAAGCAACUGAGCCCCAAUUUCUCAAGUGGUUUUUAAAACGCAUAUUUCAGUUAUAGCAGUUUUGACGUACUCGGACAAUGUCGUGACUGCAGCGAAUCGAACGGUUUCUGGUUGUAAGCCGAAAAUAUUUUGUGAUCCAGAUGGCCCUGUUGAUAGCCGAAAGUUUUUUGUGAUCCAGAUGGCCAAAAAACUUAGAGUAAGCUAGGAAAUAACAUCAAA